UCUCCUGGUGGAAAGCGGAUACUCCAGUCGUCAACCAUGCUAAUGGUUUUAUUUUGACGAAAACAACUGGUUCUGUGACAAUAAAGUAAACAUAUUUUGUCGCACCAAGAUGUCAUCUUCGGAAAGAGUGAUUUGAAACGUUAUGGAACCCAGCAAUGGCACGAGACCACCCAGCGACACGCACACCAGUCCGGGCAGCAAUCACGUAACGCCGAACCCCGAGACCCAUCCUCCUAACCAGAAGAAAAGGCUUCCUAAAUGGGCUGUGGUACUCAUCUGUCUCACCGUGCUCCUGCUUCUGGCUGGGGGUGCUUUGUUGGCCUGGUAUUUUCUAGAGUACAGGGUGUGGGUGCUGGAGCCCCGUGUGAUGCAGCAGUAUACGGCUCACGUCCGUAUCCUCAACAGGAACUUCUCUAGGCCUCUCUCCACCCACGGCACCAGGGAGUUCAUGGCCGAGGCCAAGGCUGUGGAGACCAUGGUGAAGAGGCUCGUGGCAGACACUGAUAUUUCACGUUACUACAACUCCACUGUUGUCUUCGCUUUUGGGGAGGGCAGUGUGGUGGCUCACUUCUGGCUGGUAUUGUCCGUACCCCAGAGCCAUGUGGACGAGGUCAAUGUGCAGAGGGUCACCCAGAGCCUCCAACAGCUCCUGGCCUCCCACACCGACGAUGCUACUGCUGCUGCUGCUGCUGCUGACGACGGUCCAGAGGCCGCCCAGCAAACCGCCACCUACCUGGGCUACCUGCUCCACCUCCCCUCCCUCUCCAUCCAAGAGACUGACCCCAAAGUUAUAGAGCUUUUAAAAGCUUCUUUUGACUGCUACCGGUACCAGUUGGUGUCCCCGGGGUCCCCGGUGGUGCGUCUGCGUGGCCCCGACACGGAGCGUCCGUCGUGCCUGUGGCACCUGCAGGCGCCCCCGGGCUCCCAGCUGGAGCUGCAGGUGUCCUGGCUGCUGCCCGAGUGCCGAGACCGCCUGGUGGUCUACGACGCCCUCACGCCCUCCGACGCGCACCUCAUCACCUCGCUGUAUGGCUGCAGCAGGCAUGAGGCGGUGGUGAAGCUGCUGUCAUCAGGUGAGUGGAUGACAGUGGUGUGGAAGCAGGGCCUCUACACCUACGUGGACCCCUUCUCCCUGGCCGCCCAGGCCUGGAGCCCGCAGGUGUGUUCCUCCGUUGUCGACCUGCAGCCUGUCAGAGGGGUUCAGGGUGUUCUGCAGACGCCAUUCUACCCCAGCUACUACCCCCCCAACACCAACUGCUCCUGGCACUUCACAGUCCCCUCCACGGAGUACGGUCUGAUGCUGGACUUCGAGGGCUAUGAGCUAAGCAGGGCCAACUACAACCACGCCUGCACACAGGGCCUCUGGGUCAUCCAGAACCGCAGGCUGUGUGGUUCGCGAGGCCUGCAGCCGUUCGCUGAGCGCAUCUUCCUCUUGUCGGCGUCCAUCACCGUCACCAUGACGUCCGAGGUGUCUCUCACAGGGCCCGGCCUCCAGAUACACUACAGCCUCUUCAACCAGUCCGACCCAUGUCCUGGCCAGUUUCUCUGCACCCUGAAUGGCCUGUGUGUACCCGCCUGUGACGGCAUCCAGGACUGUCCGAACAACCUUGACGAGAGGAACUGUGUGUGUAUAGCCCAGUACCGGUGUCCUGAGGACAGCCAGUGUGUGGACUUCCACAAGGUCUGUGACCAGCACCCUGACUGCCUGGACGGCCUGGACGAACAGAACUGCAAUAAAGGUGUGGAGUGCUCAGACCACACAUAUGUGUGCGCUGACGGAAGCUGCAUGAAGAAGCCCAACCCGGAGUGUGACUUUGUCAACGACUGCCCCGAUGCCUCAGACGAGUCACAAUGUGAGUGUGGCCUGAGGCCGUUCUCCAGCCGCGUGGUGGGGGGUGUGGAGGCGGCGGAGGGCGAGUGGCCGUGGCAGGUGAGCCUGCAGGUGAGCGGCCAGCACGUCUGCGGAGGCGCCCUCAUCUCCCCGCAGUGGGUGCUCUCCGCCGCACACUGCUUCUACGACGACCGGUGA